UAUAUUUGCCAGUAGAAAUCAAACACAAUCGAAAAAAACACGACGAUUCAUUUGUUAUUAUCCUAUAUUAGCAACGCAAGCAGUAACUUACAUAUGAGCAAGCUGACUACCUCUAGUUCGUUUGUUCAGUUACAGCUAGCUGUCUAGUUAGCCUACAAACUUUCUCGAUUCUGCUCCGUGAGCUGAUGCUACUCGUAAUUUGUUAUCAGAGCAGGAACAGGCUGUGGCUUCCAACUGAAAAGGAACUUGAACUCCAGCAUUUGGGGCUGCUGUUAUCAAAGCGUUGUUGGUUACCAGGAAAAACAAAUGGGCACUUGUUGCCCCCGUGCAUUUCAUAUCACUCGUUGAAGUGGUGAUUAGCCAAAAUAUUUAAAGUAGUUUGAACAAAAUAAUCGCAAAAUUUCAGCGACGGACGAGAAACGGCAUAUAGCUAAUUGGCUAACGUCUUUGUGGUUGCUGUAGCCAUACACCAUGUCCACCGUGUUGCUGCAGGUUGGGCAGUGUGGGAAUCAGCUGGGUUUGGAGUGGUGGAGGUUGCUUAUGCAUGUUUCAGGCCAGGACAGAGAAAAUGAUGGGAACCCGUUCUGCGCCAGAGACGGGAAGCUGGGAGCAGUGUUUGUGGAUAGCGAGCCUAAGGUUUUGGGAGGGGCUCGGUCUCUGGUCAGAUGCAAGAUACUGCGUGAGUCCAAUAUCAUUGCAGGCAAAGGAGGAAGGGGAAGCAACUGGGCAUAUGGGUACCAUGGACGACAGGGUGAGGCGGAGCAUGGGAUCCUCCAACAGUCAAUGGAGGCGGUGCGCAGGGAGGCUGAGAGAAGAGACUGUUACUGUGGGACAGUGAUGCUCCAUAGCCUGAGUGGGGGUACUGGGUCAGGGCUGGGUGCUAGGCUAUGUGAGGAGAUCCGGGAGGAGUUUCCUGCGGGUCACAUCCUGUCUGUGUCUGUGGCACCAUACCAGAGUGGAGAGAGUCCUCUACAGCACUACAACACCUUACUGAGUCUGACCUCCCUACAAAGGUCUGUUGAUGGUGUGCUCCUGUUUUACAACGACCAAACUCUUGCUGUGGCUGAGGCCCAGCGAGGGGCACCCAAGGGCCCAUCUGGCCCCUCUGGUCCUGGGAACUCCUUCUCAGCUAUAAAUGCUCACAUAGCCAGCUGUGUUGCUGGCCUUCUGCUUCCUGUCCAUAGCCUCACCACUUCCAGUGGUCUAAGCCUGGGAAUGGAACCUUGGGAGCUGGUGAGGUCUGUCUGCCCCCAGCCUGUAGCCAAACUACUGCACACCACCCAGGCAUGUUCAAGGGAGAGGAUGCGCUGGGAGAUCCUGGCCAGCUCCAGCCUCCAGAACCUGCCUCAUCUCUCUCCGGAAGGGAAACCUCACAGUAGCCGGGCAGUGCUGGCAGUUGCCCGUGGCAACCAGGACUCCUUCCUCACAUCCACUGCUCUGCAGCAGCUGAGACGGGGCCACCGCUGUGUCUCCUGGAACCCUUUCCCCAUUGACCACUGGACAGAUCCCCGUGACCAGCUAGGCUGCUCCUCGUCCUCUCAGUGCCUCACAGUGUGCUCCAAUCACAGCAGUGCAUCUGACCUACUGGCUCAGGUCUGGAGGCGCGCAGGGGAGAUGAUCCAAGCCCGGGCCUAUCUGCACUGGUACCAGCGCCAUGGUCUGGAGACCCAGGACUUCCAACAUGCUCUGGAUGAUCUCAGUACAGUCAUGCAGGAGUACAACACGCAGAUGGACUGAGGCAGAAUUGGUUUGUGUAAAUCAGCUAGUCCAGCUGGCUCACAGGUCAGUGCUGUGCAAUGGAGAUGUGGUUGUGACUACACCUGUGGGGAAAAAGGUAAUAUUACAGUUGUUUAUUGUGAUAAUGUAACUGCAUUUUUCAAAAUGACAAAUAAGGGCUUUAUAAAUUAUUUAAAACAAUCCCAGAAUGUAAUGUACACUCUAGUUUAAUAUUCCGGCCUGUUAAUAUUCCGAUUGAAAUAGUGAAAAUGGUAUACAACUGAAACUGAAACUAAACCAUUUCAUGGAGCAAAUUGUUGCAGCUGCUCCUUCAAGGCACAUUGGACCAAUUCCAUGGGUGCAUAAGUCCAAAAAAUACAGAAUUCAAUGUCAGGAGGAAAAAUGUCUCUCACUAGGGUUGCAAUUCCCAGCAUUGCAAUUUGCAAAAUGUAAUUCUGGGAGAUUUGUGUGCUGCUACCCCCAAUAGUCCAGAAAAAAAAAAAACGGGGAAAAAAAACAAAAUCUCCAGGAAUUGGUCCGUUGAGAGUUGGUGUUAAACCAUUGUGCUUAACUAUUUCCAUCCUCUACAUUUAGACCAUUACAAGAUCACACAGAUUCGCCUGAACCAGUACCGUUGCAUGUUAGCAGUUUGAGCCUCAUUCACGAAGCAUGCGUGCUAUCACAUUCGGUUGUCAACGGUGUAAGAACAUUUUGCCAUUCAUUUUUUUUUUGUUAUCUGUAUUUGUUCAUUGCUGUUUCCUUAUGCUAAUCACAUUAUCAAUUGUGCAUAAAAUUCAGAAUUCAUCAUCUCAUACACCAAAAACAAAGGUCUGUACAUGUCUCAUUAAUCCCAUAUUGGUUUUUCAUAGGAACAUUUUUAAGAACAAAAGUAAGAAUAGUAUAAUAAAAGCUUUGGGAAUGAG